AGCAGGGGCGAGUCAUUUGACAAUCGAUAAAUAUGGCGGAGAGGAAAACGAAUUGACCACACUGAAAAAACGCGUACAGAUUGUUUGUGUGUUUAAUGUUAAAUAUAAUACCAAGAAGAUGUCAGAAGUACAAAUCAAACAAUCGGACGUAACAGGAAAUUCAAAUGAUAAUAUCAGCACUGCAACUGGUGACAACGUUGAGGAAAUCCCAACAAACGUAAACAAGUCUGAGGGUUCGGAAGCACCUGAGGGUGAGGGGAAAACUUGUGACCAAAGCGCCCCCAAGUCAGAAAUAAUAUUACAAGCAGCUUGUAGUGAAAAAGAAGGAAAACAAACUCAGACAUCUGGAAAGACACAGGAGUCCGACUCUACAUGUGGUGCUACAGAUCUAAAAGUAGGAGAAGCUGAUUCUAAAUGUGAUGUGACAGACAAUACUGACAGUUUUAAUUUAAAAUGUGAUUGUGAUGAAGACAACCGGACAAAUAAAACUGACAAUAGCGAUGGACAAACAUCUUCAUCCAGUUCUACCACACCUAUAGACAAUAUUGAUGAAUUUUUGACAGAUAACAGCAUUGACAGUCAAUUUAGUGAUAAUAAUACAAAAGAUGAAAACUUGAAGGUAGAGUUGCCUCCCCUGUCAGCAGAGGCACAUCCAAAAACAGAAACUGAGAUAUCAGAGUUAAAUGAAGCAGGAGAGGGGGCCAGUGCUUCACCUUCCUCGACAGAUGGAAAUGUUUACCAUGUAAAGUGGAUUGCCUAUAAAAACAAGGAAAUACCUACAAUAACACAGAACGAGAAUGGACCCUGUCCCUUGAUAGCUGUCAUGAAUGUGUUACUACUGAAGUGUCAAGUUCACCUGCCUCCGAACACAGAAGUUAUAACACCUGAUCAGCUGAUGACCUAUAUUGGCAAUUGUAUUCUUGAAAAUGCACCCAAAACCCAGGACACAUCCGAGGCUGUGCAGCUAAAUUACCAACAGAACAUGCAUGAUGCCAUGGCAGUCAUACAUAAACUACAGACAGGUCUGGAUGUGAACGUGAGGUUUACAGGGGUGAAUGACUUUGAAUACACACCUGAGUGCAUCAUCUUUGACCUACUCAGCAUCCCGCUGUAUCAUGGCUGGCUGGUGGACCCUCAGGAAAAGGAUUUAAUCACAGCUAUUGGCACCUGUAGCUACAAUCAACUGGUAGAGAAAAUAAUUUCCCAACGCAGCUCUGACAAACCAGAAACUGUCACUGAAGCAUUACUGUGUGAGUCCUUUUUGGACGGAGCAGCAGCCCAGUUAACCUACCAUGGCUUGUGUGAACUGAACUCUGUUGUCAAGGAAAACCAACUGUGUGUCUUCUUCAGGAAUAAUCACUUCAGUACCAUGUACAGACAUCAGAAUGAACUGUUCCUGCUGGUGACAGAUCAGGGGUUUCUGAGUGAGCGUAACGUGGUUUGGGAAACACUGUCUAACGUGGAGGGGGAUGGCUAUUUUGUGGAUGCCAACUUCAACACGUACAGGAAGUCCCCGCCUGCUGAACCUGUCCUACCACCCACACCUAUGAAUCCAGAGGAGCAAGUUGACCAAGAUUACCUGCUAGCGAUGUCCCUCCAGCAUGAGCAGCAGUUAAGAGAUGAAGAAAUAGACUGGAAUCAGGAUAAUGGUCAAAGACAUGACCCACAGCGACCUCAAAUGUCUGACCAUGAGUUGGCAGCACGUAUGCAGGCAGAUGAGGACAAGCGAUUAGCCCUGGCUGUCCGACGACAGGAACAACAACAACAACAACGGCAACAACAACCAACAUGGGCGUCAGGGGGCGGGACCCCUCAACACCACCACGCUGCUCAUGGAGGUCGCCCAAGGGAGAGGGAACGUACAACUAGAGAACCAAAGUCAAAAGAUAAAGAGGUUGGCAUCUUAUCAUUUUUGUAGAUAUGUUAACAGAGAAGUUAUAUUUAUUUUUAGUGCAAAACUCUCAAAUUUUGAAAACCGAUGUGUAGGUUAAAAAGCGUUUCAGCUAAAUAAAUAUUUAACAAAUUGUUAUCAAUAGUAAAAGAUAUUUUGUGAAAUAUCUAGUUAGCUCACCUGCCUGAAAGAUAAGUAAUGGUAAAUUUUUAAACUACUCCUUUACUUAAAAUACAUUUUCAUAAUGUCCAUUACUAACAUAAGACAUCAGGUGCAGUCGCUAACUUUUCAGUUCUGCUUAUGAUCAAGAUAUUUUUCCUGUGAAUUAUUAGCUCUUGCUAAAGUACAAGUUGAUAACUACAGAAUAAAAUCUGAAAUUAGUUCUGCAAAUUUUUGUUUAAAAUUGAAGCCUGUUUCGUCUUGUAGCCAGGUAUCUUUUUAAGGAACUUCAGGAAUUUGAUCUAUGUGCUUGAUAAAAUAAGGAAAGGUUUUCAUCAGAAGUUAGUUUUGUUUGGUUAUCAAAAUACCUAGACAACUGGAUUUAAUUAUUUAGCUUAGGAGAUUGUAUCUAGUACUACUGUAUUAUUGUGUAAUGCUGUGUAAUGUGUAUUUCAGUGCUGUAUACUAUAAUGAAGGCUUCACCAAGUGUCUUCAUCACCGCCUGUAGUCCUUCCUGUACCUCCCAGACAGGCAGGUGACCUCCUAUCCAUGGUAACACACAAUAACAUGUGUCCACAGUAUCCAUGAAAUGGCAUCUAUAUCCUUGGAAACAGAAACAGCAGUCUUACCUCUAUGUCUAUGGAAACUGCUCCAUAUAGUGUUAUUUCUGUAUCCAUGGAACACCUUCUGAAGUGUGACAACUGUAUCCAUGGAAACAGCAAUUCAUAUGUCAUUUUAUCUCUGUGAAAAGUCCUAGAAACAAACUCAAUGUGACCCUGUACUCAUGGCAUCUUCCUGCAGGCUUUGAAUCUGUGAUGGAGGCAGCCAGGUGGAACAAGUUAACGUUGGUACAGGAAAGGGAAAAAACCAGAAGCAGGAAGUGUGAUUAGAAUCAGAGUGAAGCAGUUUGUGUUUGGCUAAGUCUGUAGUUUGUUUGUAUGAUGGUAUGAAACAUCACCAGUGAAAUAUGUUCGAAAUUGCAUGUUUAUCAUUAAAUCCCCUGUCAUCCAGAUUUGAUGUAAUAACAAAGCGUUAGUAAGCUAGGCAGUGGAGGCUUUGUUAGGACAGUGACUUAGGUCCCAGAAAACUGAUACUGAGGUUCAGAUAAUUAAAAUAUUUACUAUAAAGUCCAUAGGUAUAGGUUUGGAUAACAGGGAAUAGUGGGUAAGCUUUUGAAGAACUGUAGAGGAAAUUAGGGUUGAUCUUUACAAUAUCGGACAGGAUGGUUCAAUAAAGUCAUAAGGUUCGGUAAACAUAGUUAUCAUCCUACACAAAAAUAAAUUCUGUGUCGUAUACUUAUAAAUAGUAAAAUCUUUAAAAACAAUUGAGACAAACAAUAAAUUCAAAGUUAAAUUGUACAUUUCUUAAGUAUCGCAUGAUUGAUAAGAUAUUGUAAAACAAAUAGUUUAAAUUAGUUUAAUCGAGCAAUAAUUAAAGUUAUCAGCUUCAGAUAUUUGGCCUCCUAGCCUUCAUCAGGAAAUCAAAAAAUGUAUUGGGUACAAAGUUCUAUCCAUAUUGUCAGUGCUAAUGUCCAGCUGUCCAUGGUCCUUAUGAAGUCAUCAAUUUUUGUGUGAACCACAAAAAUGGUAUCGCUGUAGAAAAAACCCUUGUAAUUCUGAACAGAAAUAGAUACCGGUAAGUUUUUUUUAUUUUCCAUAGGUAUACAGAUAGUGAGUCCAUUUAUUUGGUGAAAUAUAAACGUUAAUACAAAUUCUGACUUUUCAAUAGAAAAUUUUGAAUCGUCGGUCAAUCAAACCAAAUCAAUGUGUGAGCUCAGUGAAAGAAAAUUAUAUAUUAUUUGACUUUAUAGUGAUUAUUGUUACAUUAAAAGUGAAUGAAAAAUAAACAACUGAAGGGAACUAUAAUCAUCACUAAUAAAAAGAUAUGUUCUUCUAUAAAUACUGAGGAUCUGCUUAUAGAAAGUCAGGUACAUUUUGUAUCAAAUAUGUACCCCAUAGCACAUAUACAACACCCUUCUAGAUAUUCAAUCGUAUUACCAAACGUAGACUGCUUUAUGUUAACGUCAUCAAAUUGAGAGGGUAAAGAUAUCAGCGGUGUGAAAUUCUUUCAAAUUAAACAAGAAUAGACUAAAUCAUCGAGCCAUACAUGUAUAGGGCAAUUUUUAGUAAGGAAUACAAAAUGUUUGACAUUAAAACAAUGUCUACAAAUAGAAAGAUCUGCUAAUGUCUUUAAUAUAAUUCCAAUUGAAAUGUGUUCAAUAUAUCUUUUGGAUAUACUUCUUGUACCUCUGGUGAGGUUUUAAACACUGGAUACCUAUAUACACUGUACUGUUAGUAGAUAACAUCAGAGUAUCCCAUGUGUUGAACACACAAGGCUCACAGUCAUGGUUAGUGUUAUACAGUAAACAAAUAGCAUUCCUACUGUAUAAAGAGGGGCUUCAGUAGGUAAUCAAUAUAGCCAAUUUGAGUUUUAAACAAUUGUACAUGUAAUAAAAAUAUUUCCUGAAAGUAAUUGCCUUUUUUAGAAUCAGCACCAAAAAUGAAAUGCAAGUUGUCCUGAGAGAGGACUUACCUACAUGUAGUGUAUCCUGUAUAUCUCUUAAUAGGAGAAAUAUUUAUUUUCACAUUGACAUUUUUUGUACAUAGAAAUCUAUUGGUCUGGGUGCUCUAACAGGAUAUAGACUUUCCAAUAUAAUUGCAUGUUUUAUGAAUGUCAUAAUUAUGGUUAUUAUGUCUGAUAUUUAUAUGGAGGAGGAGAUGAAAGUUUACAAAGAUCAUUCUAUUUGAUCUGGGUAUUUAUUGAUUGUGUUCCUAGUGAUAUCUGAUGUGUGAUCGUGAUUCUUCACUCCUGUGUAAAGUGCUGUCAGUAUAUGCUUGUGAAUGAUAGAAUUACAACAUUUGUUUUCCAUACAUGUGUUAUAUUUGCUCCAGUUGACAUGUCUUUCGUCUAAUGGGAACAUGUUGUCCAUUGUUUAUGUCAGUUACACCUACUCGGCAAUAAGGUCAGGUACAUACCAGUAGUUAACCCUCUCAUCACUGUAGACCAAAAUGGACUCACCAAGAUAAAUGUAUGGUGAGUCUACCAAAGUAACUAAGGGGUGUUAUGGUUAAUCAAGCGUCAUAAUCUGUUAUUAGUGCAUUCAUCUGAAGGUAAUAGGGGUUUUAGUACAUUAUACAAAUACCCGAGUAUAUAUAUAUAGGUUAUGCAAAAAAUGAAAAUGGAAAUAAAAGUUCUUUGCAAGUGAGGGUAAUAAUUAGAAACUAUUACACAAUUACACACUAAAGAAUGCCUAGGCCCUAUUGCAAGUAGCGGUCAUACUCACGAAGUAACGAAGAGCUUACAAACAGUUAACGUUUUGGUUAGUAACUGUAUUCCAUGUUAUUACAUAACAGAUAUGCCUGUUGCUUGUUCCCUCAAUGGCUGUAGUGCUAUUUCAGCCAUUUGGUAAAAUCUGUCCUGUAUAUAAGGUAAUUUUAGGGUUGAACCCUGUUCUUUUAGAGAAGAUAUAUUUUGGUGUAUUGUGUUUAACGCUAAGAAUAGUUAGAUUUUCUGUAACAUAACCGCCUCCUGUACAAAUCCUUAACAAAUAUUGUGUUCCAAUAUUCUCAGUAUUAUCUACUUUGUUCUGUUGUAGUAUGUUAGGUACCUUUCUGCUGAAGAGUAAACAGGUGUAAAUGAUGUGAAGAAUGGACGGUAUGCCCACAAACACUGUCUUUCCUUGUAAUAUCAUUAAUAUAGUGCACUUUUAUAAUUGAUUUAUUAAAUGAAUUUAAUGAAAAACCUGUUUUUUUGUAUAAAGUAUAUAUAAAGAAUUUUUUAAAAAACGUGUUGUGAGUGUAAAUCUAUUAUAGUCUAUGAAGAUCUGUGUCUGGGUACAUGUCAUAGAUCACUAAAGGAUUACCUCCCUUUACUGAGGACUUAGUACAAAUAUAAAAAUAAGAUUUUUCCAUUGACUGGGUACAACAAUUUUACGCCAGAUUACUUCCCUUGGCUUUUUGGGGUGGGUUUUUUUCAAUGUACAAUUUGUUUUUUUGUAGACUUGUGACUAAAUCCUUUUCAAUAAUUAUUUCUGAAGGAUUUUGCUGCUGUUUGAAAGGUAUGGUAGGAAGACUUCUUAAGCUUUGAAACUAUUAGUUUAAUAUUUGUAAUUUUGUACUGUGCUUUUUUAAGGGGAAAAAGCAUUUAAUUUGAGCUUUGAGAUAUGAUGUAAUUGAUUAUAUUUUAACACAUCAAAAUUAAGACUUGCUUUUUUAGAUUUUUUUUAUAUCAGAGACUGUUGUCCAAGUUCGUUUUGUGCUUAAAUUCUAACUGCUUUAUCGUGAUAGAAAUAUAUUUCAGUUUUGGGCUGUUAUGCAGUGUUAUAUCACCAAUACAUACACUUUCAUUAUGUAACAUCACCCGUUGGGACAAUAAAACAACAAAACAUUAAUGUCACAAUUUCAGGAUAAAGGCAUUGAGAUGUUUAUCUAGGAUUUUAUCGGUUUCAGCAUUCACAGAAUAUUUGAGAUAGUACAUGCUUUGGUUGCCUAUAGGAUAAAGUUGUUUCCAGCCUGUCUGACUAUAAUGAAAUUUGUUUCAUAAAUAUCAUUAAAGAUGGAAACUUGUUUCAGAUGAUUAUAUAGGAGCUGAUACUGCCCAGUCAGUAAUAAUAUCUAGUCGGUGCUAAUAUCCAGUCAGUAGUGAUACACAGUUAGUAAUUAUGUUUCUUUUCCUGUCAAAUAAUGAUUGUCCCUAGUGGCCAUUGUCAGAAAAUUAUAUUCAUAGGUGGUCAUUUUUUUAUGACGAUAGCAUCUGAUAAAUUUCAUGUUGUAACUAGGUUUAGAUAUCAUUUGAUAAAAGUAGUAUUGACUCUAGGUUUAUCUAAGAUGUUGCAUGCUUUGGAGGUUUGAACAUUCUUAUCCAAAAACAUUCUAAACAUUUUUUGCAAUCAUAGUUUAGAUGUUAGUCGCGAGGAGGAGACUACCAUCUAUAUAUGAUUUAGAUCUUACCGAUUUCAUUUUAAUUAAGAGAAAAUCUUUAAAGCAUUUCAUGCUUGGCACAGGUGUUGUUAUGAGUACAGGUAGUUGCAGUGUUCAAAAUAUUUCAACUCGCAAUCAUAGUCAGUCUUCCAAAUACAACCGUAGGUUUUAUAGUCUCAUUUGCAUCUCAAUCAUGUAAGUAGAAUAUAGAAGAUGGAUAUUUAAUUCAAGUCUUAUUUGAAAAUGUAAAGAUCUCUGCUUAUAUUGGAAGACUGAUUUCUGGUUAGAAAUAAAAUAAUCAUCAGAUAAAAAUGUGAAAAAAAUGUGCUCCUGACAUUUAUAUAUAAAGAUAUUUUCAUUCUUUUUUACUACUUGCGAUAAAAAGUGAUGAUGGAGGGAAUCUGUUUUUGUUUUAACUUUUAGAAAUGAUCUUUUGGAAUCUAAUUACUUGUUAAAAAGAUGACAAUUCUUGGACCAGGUGUUUGUAAACUUCAGCUGAAGUGAAUUGAGGUUUGUGAUUUGUUAAGUGAUUUUUUUAAAUGGCAUUUGUUAUUGUUUGAGUGUUUUGACUUUCAAUUAUGCAUUUUAAAGGCUUUUACAGACUUAAACAGAAAACCUUCCAAUAUACAUUUCACUUAUUUAAAGGUACUUUACGAUGUUUAUCAAUUCAAAUCCUAUUUCAUAGCUAGGAAUUGAAUUUCAUGGUGACUGGAUGAAUCAAAUGUAUAAACCUUAUUAAUGUAUUGAUUUACAAAGUUCAAUGUACUAAGUAAUAUCAAACGAUUUUAAAAGUUCAAUUCAAUUUUCGAAAUUCCUACGGAUUACCUCCCUUUACAGAAAAAGUCUUGAGUAUAUUGCAAUUCUGUUGAUUACCUCCCUUUACAGAAGUGUCCGACAAAAUAAGGUUGUGAGAAAAGAGAGACUAUAUGUUGGUACAGUGGCUGUUGAUACUGACCAUUAACUAGAGGAUCACCUCUAGAUGCCACUUGCCUCAAGAUCACCAGUGGAAGUAAAAUGAUGUUACACUUUACUUCUUAUGGACUGGAGAUAAAUUGAUCAGAAUCCUAACUAUAUAACACCUACAGUGGGUGUCUAUGUUUUCGUGUGACCAAUAUCUUGUUGCAAUAUUAUUUUUGUUGCAAGAAAUAAGCCUGUUAAGUACUAACAUGAAAAUAGUUUGUCUUUUAUGAAUGACCGACGAACUUACUUAGACCUGUUUGUUAAAGGGAGGUAAUGAUCUUAUGUGUGAACUCUCCUGUGUGUGAAUGUGUAUAAUCAUGAAGAAAUAAAAGUUCUCUACUUGCUGUGUUAUUAUGAAAUAUAUAGUACUGAAUAUGGUGAAGAUUAUAAUGCAUGUCACUAACUGGGAAAGGGUUUUUAACUUAUUAUUGCAUUGUCUAAUAACUAUAUUCAAGGUCAUAGGCAUAAAGCUUCAAAUGUCUUCAAGCGACAUCUUCUCAAGAAAAGCCAGCAGCCAUGGUAGAUUGCAAGUAGUGUUCUGAUAUGACCGGCUAUCAACUUUGGUCAAAGGAAUGACCUUGAACUACUUAAAAGGUCACAGGGAAAGGAGAUAAAUGUCAUAAAAUGUAAGGAUUUAUUUUAGGGAACCCUUAGAAUGAUGGCAAGGUAAUAUAUAAAGCAAACAGCAUUGUGUAAAAGUUAUAUUGUAUUUGAAAGUUAUAAGCAAAAAUUCCUUAAAGAGAAAGGUUCUUGAGAGCAGAAGGCAACAGCAGAAAAAAAAUAUUUCAAUGAUUUAUUUCAGAUUAUUUUCUGUUUGAUGAUUGUCUUUGGGUGUGCUUAAGGACCUGUCAUCUUUCCAUGAAGUUUUGAAAUUCUUUGUACUAAAAAUUCAACAAUUACCCAGAUAGAGCGUACUCAUUCCAAUUCAUAUAAGCUAAUAUAAGUGAAAACAAUAAUAUUAGGUUAUUUUUGGUUGAUUUUUUGUAAUCCGGGGUUUUACCUCUUCCAUUGUAAAGGACUAGCCGCAUUAAGGCAUUAAGGGGCAUUCUAGGCCUCACCAGUGAUUUGAAAUUAGUUGUUAUAUUUGUAAUCUGGAAUAAAUGAAGUAUGCAAAUAUACAAUUUCAUAUUCAUGGGACAACUGGUUUAGAAGAUAUGGCAUUACAAAGAGAAAAAUAAACCCACAUUCUCAUAAUAAAAUGUGUGAAUAUCGUC